UAAAAUAUUAUAUUUUUAUCGUGUUUGCUUGGUUGGAAGGCCACUGUCUCUUCUCUCAAUCGAAUGAAAUUAGGGCAAAGAGUUUGAUGGUCAUCAUGAUCAUAAAAGGCUUGUUUAGGAGAUAUGAGAAGUGGAACCCGGUGCACCCCACUUAUGGAGCCUUUUGGGGCAUGGGCAUCGGCCUUGGCUGUGGAGUUGGAUGGGGUCCCGGUUUUGGUCCAGAGGUUAUUGGUUAUGUUGGAGCUGGUUGUGGAGUGGGUUUUAGUGUUGGUAUUACAUUAGCAGGCAUUGGUAUUGGACUUCCAGCUAAUUGCCUAAUUCAGAUGCCCUACAAUGCUUUUGCAGCAACAAGUAGCGGCACAUUGGACUUUGUGAGAUCUACUGCUGUUCCAGUGAUGAAGAGCAUGGCUGGAGACAGUUGGAUCCACAUGUCACCACAUAUAUCUGAUUUUGGGGAUAAGGUUCAUAUUAUACUCUUGAGGUUAGGAGUUCGCCUUCCUUACACUAAAGGUUUUAGUUUUCCAGUCUUGAAGAAUAGGGUCUAUUGUCAAGUGCGAAGCACCUCUGAGGCAAGUGGUGCAGUUCAGGCCCGGUGUUUUCCCCCUGGAAAAGGUGGGUAAGUUCUAAGUUGUCAAAACUUUGGAUAUUUGUCAGUAUUAUAGCCCUUAUGGCACAAUGACUUCGCAAAGGGAUUUGAUGAAAAUCUUUUGGUUGGGAUAUGGGUGAUGCAAUUUGUGUAAAUGACAGAGACUGCUUAUGGAGAAAGUUGUUGGUAAAUGCACUGUUGACAGUUAAACCGUGUAAAUGACAUUUGUAAGGAAAAGGAAAAAGAAAAAGAAAGAUGAUGGACUGUGACAUUGCAAAUGUUGGAAGUAGAUAGAUAAAAUACGAGGCAGGGAUUACUAGAAUGUAGAAAGGUCGUUGAAGGCAAGAACCUAUUGGGGAGGGAGAGUGAUCAUUCUACCUUUAUGUGCUUUGGUUGGGGGCCUGUUUAUCUUGAAUCUUGUUUGAUGGGUUUCUUUUACUUGUGGGGUCAAAUGGCCUCUACCAAAUAUUUCCCUGUUUGAACCAAUUUAAUGUAUUGGUAGGAGUCUUCCCCUGAUGUCAGCUUACAAUGUGUGUGUGUGUGUGUGUGUGGGAGAGACACUUAUGUAUCUAUCUCUUCACUGUUAAUUAGUUAUAAUUUGAGUUAUGUUGUUUUUCCUUUU